UGAAAGGUCUCCUGCCGCAAACGGUUGUUGCGCAGGAGGUCGACAGUGGUACAUCGGGACAGCAGCAGGUACUGCUGCAGCAGAAUGCUACUGGCGCUGGUAACGUUGUUGUAACCUCCACCGGUGGUGAUGUGGUGGUGGCUGGUUCUAGACCACCACCACCAUUCAACCAGCAGCAGUUGGUAGUGAACAGCAUGCAACAAAGCAAUGCGAUGCGUGGUGGUAUGGUCGGGAUGGCCGGUCAGCAGCAGCAACAGCAAGGCAACACGGUACGUUUGAUGAUGCCACCGAACCAACUCGGCGGUAUGCUUCAGAACGAUGUCGGGAUGCUCGGUCAGAGUGCAUCAGCGUCGCAGCAGCAGCAGCAAACCCAAAGCAGUCCAUCAAUCAUUCCAAUGGCAGCAGGAUCCGCGGGUGCCGCAAAUCAGAUGUUAUUUGAUGGAAGUGGUGGUGUUGGGACAGGUGGUGGUGGUGGUGUAGUCUGUAGCAACACAUCUACCACCAUGCAAACGAUGACCUCCCAGUCGAUGCCGAUCAUGAACACGACUACCACCAACAAUACUAGCACGAUGAGUCUAGCAACAGCGGCGGGUGUUGUUGCACCGAACACAAGCAACUUUGCUGCGACCGGGGCCACCAACAACGCGUCCUCCAUGGUAGCGGUACCGGUACAGGGUACCAAGGAUUGGCAUCAUUCCGUAACGCCCGAUCUUCGCAACCAUCUCGUGCACAAGCUCGUCCAGGCGAUCUUCCCAUCGCCCGAUCCGUCCGCCAUGUUCGACAAACGCAUGUACAAUCUGGUUGCGUACGCGAAAAAGGUUGAAGGUGAUAUGUACGAGAUGGCAAACUCACGCUCCGAGUACUAUCAUCUGCUGGCGGAAAAGAUUUACAAAAUACAGAAAGAGCUCGAGGAGAAGCGACAGAAGCGCAAGGAGCAACAAAUGCAACUGCAACAACAGCAACAGCAACAACAGCAGCAGCAACAAUUGAAUGCGGCGGGUCAGGUUGUGGUGGGUCCUAAUGCGGGACAAAUACUUCGACCACUUAAUCACCAACAACACCAACAGCAACAGCAGGUGAAUUUGCUUGGUGCUGGUAUGAAUGUUGCGUCUACGGGUAGCAAUAAUCCGACCACAAUGCAACAGCAGCAGAUGCAAGUUGCACGACAUGCACAAAUCGGACCGAACAGUCGGUUGCAACAACCCGGCGCUGCGACUCAACAACUUUUUGUCGCACAACCCGGACCGAGUCCGAACGGUGGUGGUGGCAACAAUCUGGUGCACGGUGGUGCUGGUGGGGGAACCGUACUGCCGGGUGGACUGUCACCGUUCGGUCAGCAACAGCAACCGAACAACAACCAUGGGCCAGGCAUGGUGGGUGUGCCACAGCAACAAACUUCACCAUUCCUAAACGGACCCUCGAUGAUGGACAGUUCGUCCCAGUUGCAACAGUUUAACGAUAUCGUACGAGCGAAAUGUGCGAACCUGAGUGGUGGUGGUGUUGUUGAUGGUACUCAGCAACAGCAGCAACAACAGCAACAACAACAACUGGGUCAACUAUCCGGUGCAUUGACGGGUCAAACGAUGGGUAUGCGAGCGACGUUCGGUGGAGCAGGGGUGAACAACGCGGGCCAGCAACAGCAGCAGCAGGGGACGAAUGCAGCUUCUACGACCGGCGGCAUGUUCGUUAACACGAUCAAUCCGGCCACCGGUGGCUUUAAGUUGAUGAGCGGUGGAAAAUCCCAAGCACAGCAACAACGCAACAUCGCACUGCUGUCCGGUAUGGGCGGAGGGACGGGUGGUGGUACAGGUGGAGGAGCCGGUGGUGGGUUGGUUGGUAGUGCGGAUAUGCUGGCAAGCAGUCCGUACGGAGGUGGAGGAGGGGUCGGUUCAACAACCAUAGGUAGCGCUACCAUCGCCACUUCCAACGGACCGAUGUUGCCCUCCCCCGCUGGCAACAAUAGCAACUCGAACAACAGUAUUGUACCACUGCUGCUUACACCAGGCGGUCCGCCAUCGUCGGACUCUUCAUCCACAGGGGGUGGGCUAGGAGACGUGCUCGGUGGAUCGGGCGGAAGUGGGGUUAGUGGUCUUCUACCGCCCGGAGGCACGCUACUAAGUGGCGGUAUUGUGACCAACACACUCGCCCUGAACGGUAGUUCCACAACCACCAUCACAACUACGCCAGCCACAACACCCUCCACACCGAACCCGAGCAGCAGCAGCACCACAUCAAACAUACUACCCGCCGCUCCUUCCUCGUCCGUCGUCGGUUCGAACUCUACCGCAAACGGUGGUGGGACCAGCGUGCUCACUGCCAACCGCAUGACAGCGUCGUCGUCGUUCAGCUCGCAGAUGGCCGCACUCGAGGCGGCAAUGGCCCGCGAUAAGGAAGAUUCUCCCGAACCACCGACAAGCUCGAAGGAUAGUGCCAGCGGCGGCGGCUGUGGUAGCAAGAACAACAAGGGCAAGUUCGAGAUGAAGCGCGAGGAGGACAUCAAGUCUGAGCCGGACAGCAAUCACAUGAUGGAUACGGCCGGCAGUGGCAGUGACGUCGGUGGCAAGAACGUGAACAACGAGUGCAUGAGCAUGAUGGCGCACGAUAUCAAAUCUGAUUUGAUGGACGGAUCGGACGGUAGCAGCAGCGGUAGCGGUGGCGGCGGCACCGGGAAGAAUAAGCUCGAUGUGUCCACAUUCAAGGUAGAGGUGGACCAGGGCCGCUCCGGCAGUCCGAAACCAAAGGUGAUGAAAACGGAGCUAAAGCCGGGCAUUUAUCCGGAACCGACCAUCCAGACGAACGCGAGCGACAAUAAGAAGAAAUGCUCGUUCAAGCCGGAAGAACUGCGGGAAGCACUGCUGCCGACGCUGGAGAAACUAGUCACGCAGGAACCGGAAUCGAUGCCAUUCCGCAUGCCGGUCGAUCCGAACUCGCUCGGCAUACCGGACUACUUUGACAUCGUACGGCAACCGAUGGAUUUGAGCACGAUCCGGAAGAAGCUGGAAAGUGGCCAGUAUCAGGAUCCGCGCGAGUACGUCGAUGACGUUUGGCUCAUGUUUGACAACGCUUGGCUGUACAAUCGGAAGACUUCGCGUGUGUACCGCUACUGCACCAAGCUAUCGGAAGUGUUCGAGAUGGAGAUUGAUCCAGUGAUGCAAUCGCUCGGCUAUUGCUGUGGACGAAAAUAUACAUUCAAUCCACAGGUGCUGUGCUGUUACGGCAAGCAACUUUGUACCAUUCCACGAGACGCAAAGUAUUACAGCUACCAAAACCGCUCUUUUGGGGCAUUAUCUACCAGAUAUACGUACUGUCAGAAAUGCUUCAACGAGAUACCGGGCGACACGGUUACGCUUGGUGACGAUCCGAUGCAAUCGCAAACCCAAAUCAAAAAGGAUCAGUUCAAGGAGAUGAAGAACGAUCAUCUUGAGCUGGAACCGUUCGUCGAUUGUUUGGACUGCGGUCGCAAGCAGCACCAGAUAUGUGUGCUGUACCUCGAAUCAAUCUGGCCUGGCGGGUUCGUGUGCGAUGCCUGCCUAAAGAAGAAGGGCCAAAAGCGCAAGGACAAUAAGUUUAACGCGAAACGGUUGCCCACCUCCAAGCUCGGCACGUACAUCGAGACGCGUGUGAACAACUUCCUCAAGAAAAAGGAGGCGGGUGCAGGCGAGGUGCACAUACGAGUCGUCUCCAGCUCGGACAAGAUGGUCGAGGUGAAGCCGGGCAUGCGCAGUCGGUUUGUGGAGAACGGUGAAAUGUUGCCCGAGUUUCCGUACCGCGCGAAAGCACUGUUCGCUUUCGAGGAGGUGGACGGCGUUGACGUGUGCUUCUUCGGCAUGCACGUGCAGGAGUAUGGGUCGGAGUGUGCUGCACCGAACACACGCCGCGUUUAUAUUGCCUACCUCGAUUCGGUGCAUUUCUUCCGACCGCGCCAGUACCGUACGUCCGUGUACCAUGAGAUCUUGCUCGGGUAUAUGGAUUACGCGAAGCAGCUUGGCUACACGAUGGCCCACAUCUGGGCCUGUCCACCGUCCGAGGGUGACGAUUACAUAUUCCACUGUCAUCCGCCCGAGCAGCGCAUUCCAAAGCCAAAGCGUUUGCAGGAAUGGUACAAAAAGAUGCUGGACAAGGGUAUGGUAGAGCGCACGAUACAGGACUACAAGGACAUCCUGAAGCAGGCGAUGGAGGAUAAGCUGCAGUCCGCGUCCGAGCUGCCAUACUUCGAGGGUGAUUUUUGGCCGAACGUGCUGGAAGAAAGCAUCAAGGAGCUGGACCAGGAAGAGGAGGAAAAGCGCAAACAGGCGGAACGCGAGGAAGCGGCAGCGAAUGCAAUCAUGUCCAUGAACGAUGACAGUGACACCGUAGCCGACGGUAAGAAGAAGGGCCAGAAGAAGGCGAAGAAGUCAAACAAAUCGAAGGCGGCGCAACGGAAAAGCAACAAGAAAACCAACGAACAGAUUGGGAACGAUCUCAGUGCAAAGAUAUUUGCCACCAUGGAAAAGCACAAAGAGGUGUUUUUCGUCAUCCGACUUCAUUCGGCGCAGUCGGCUGCGAGCUUGGCGCCUAUCCAAGACCCAGAUCCACUGAUCAACUGCGAUUUGAUGGAUGGACGCGAUGCCUUCCUGACGCUAGCGAGAGAUAAGCAUUACGAAUUUUCGUCGCUACGUCGGGCACAGUUCAGUACACUCUGCAUGCUUUACGAGCUGCACAACCAGGGCCAGGACAAGUUCGUUUACACCUGCAACAACUGCAAGAACCACGUCGAGACACGAUAUCACUGCACUGUCUGUGACGAUUUUGAUCUCUGCAUUACCUGUAAGGAGAAGGUGGGCCAUCAGCACAAGAUGGACAAGCUUGGCUUCGAUCUGGACGAUGGUUCAUCACCGUCGGACGUGAAGCAAACCAAUCCACAGGAAGCACGCAAACAAUCGAUCCAGCGCUGCAUCCAAUCGUUGGUACAUGCGUGCCAGUGCCGCGAUGCAAACUGCCGAUUACCGUCCUGCCAAAAGAUGAAACGCGUGGUGCAGCACACGAAGCACUGCAAACGAAAAACGCACGGCGGUUGUCCGAUCUGCAAGCAGCUUAUUGCGCUCUGCUGCUACCAUGCGAAACAUUGCCAGGAGGCGAAAUGUUUGGUACCGUUCUGUCCGAACAUCAAGCACAAGCUGAAGCAGCAACAGUUGCAGCAAAGAUUACAACAGCAGCAGCUUUUGCGGCGUCGUAUGGCUGUGAUGAACACAACCCGACUCGGCGCACCAACACCACAAAUACCGCAGAACAGCAAUGGCGGUGGAAACAGCACCAUGGGCAAUACCGUCUGUUCAUCGAACGUUAUCGCUGGCUGUUCGGUGGCACCGUCCUCCGGCCCGGUUAGCAACACGAUGGCAAUCGGAGUACCGGCUAGUGGUGGGGGUGGCGGUGUUGGUGGUGGUGUCGGGGUCACCAAUAUGGGGUGCGGUGGCAUGGGUAAUGCUGGUGGUGCGAUGAGUCCGUCGGCGGUACCGAACACCGUACAGAUUGGUGGUAUGGGAAGUCCCCAUCACGGUGGUAUGAGUAUGAAGCCGGGAGCGCAAACACCUCCAGCGAAUGUGCUGCAGGUUGUAAAACAGGUGCAAGAGGAAGCGGCAAGACAGCAAGCACCGCACGUCGGUUACGGCAAGGUGAACCCGGUCAUGGUACCUCCAGUAAUGCAGCGUGCCAUGCCGGCGGGCCAUAUGAAUACGGCCGGCGUCGGUGUGAACGUGUCCGGGGUCGGUGUAAUGCCGAACGCGCAACAGCAACCGAAUGCUGUCGGUGUGUCGAUGGGUGGACCGGGCGGUGGUCCGGGCGGCAUCGUGGGCCAGAACGUAAUGCAAAUGGAUCAGUGGAACCCGCGCUAUCCGAAUGGCGGUGGUGGGCCCGGUAUGCGACCAACCCUACCUGGACUGAUGCAGCAGCAGCCCCAGCAACAACAGCCACAAAAUCCACUGCAAACGGGCAUAAUGACUGGUGGUGUCGGAGGUGCGCAAAUGAUGGCCGGCAUACGCCAGGGUCCGAUAGCCAUGCAGGGUGGUAUGAUGGGUAAUGCGCAGCAGCAGCAACAGCAAGCCGGCGGUCAGCAAAACCAACCGGGUCAAACCCAGAUGGCAACUCAACCGAAGCAAGCAAUUGCACAGCUAAUGGCAACGCUCAAGAAUCCGGCUGCCGGUCCCGAGCAGCAGCAGCAGCUGCUUUCGAUACUGAAAGCUAACCCGCAGCUCAUGGCAGCCUUUAUCAAACAGCGACAACAGGCUCAGCAUCAGCAGAAUCAAAACCAGGUAGGCAUGCCACAGCAACAGCAGCAACAACAGCAGCAACAGCAUGUACAACAGCAGCAGCAGCAACAACAACAACAACAGCAGCAAACGCAACAGCAGCAACAGCAGCAGCACGGUGUAAUGCAUCCCGGUGGUUCGCAGGUGCAACAGGUGCAAGCUGGCCCAACGGUGAUGGUGUACAAUAAUCCGCCCUCCGCCGUCCAGAUGGUACCGAACCGUAUGCAAGGCGUACAGGGUAUGCCUGGCGGUGGUAAACCGGCCAACAAUCCAUCCAUGCAAAUACCGCUUCAACAGCAAAUGUGGUACAAGCAGCAACAGCAAGCGCAACAACAGCAACAGCAACAACAGCAGAUGAUGCUUCAGCGCCAGUUGGCAAUGGCGAGUGGUAACAUUCCGCCAGCACCACCGUACAACCAGCGCCCACGACCACAGCAACAUAUGGGCUAUGGGCAGGGCGGUGGAAUGUUCCAGGAUCAGCAACAGUACAUACAACAAACGAUGAAACCCAAUCCACAAGCGCAGGGCGGCGUCGGUGUGAACGUACUGUCCCAGCAGCUGCAGCAACAGCAGCAACAGCAACAACAGGGCCAGGGCCCAAACCAAGGCAUUAUGGGGCCACCGAAUCCUCAGCAGCUAGCGAUGCAACAGCAGCUAAUGCAGUCAGUACGAUCGCCGCCACCAAUACGUAGCCCGCAACCCCAACCAUCUCCGCGGGCCGUGCCUUCGCCCCGGGCACAGCCGUCCGUUUCGCCCCGGGCACAACCUUCGCCCCAUCACAUACCGUCCCACUCGCCCGUACCGGUGCAACCGGGCGAUGUCGUGCUGCACAAUCACAUGCACUCCGGGCACCAACCGACCAAUGUAGUCGGCAUGGUUGGCGGCGGUGGAAACGUCGGUAUGCCGGGUGCUGGAGGCGGCAACGUAGUGGGUGUGGUGGGUGUUGGCGGUCCAGUGAACGCAAUGUCGGUUGGUGGUGGUAUGGGCGGUGUCGGCGGAGUGGUUGGUGUCGUCGGUGGACUUGGAGGUGGAGGUGGUGUAGUGGGCGUAGGGAACGCCAGUGUCGUGCAGCAGGACCUAGCGCAGGGCGUCGGUAUAAUCGGCCCGGGUGGUAACGGAAAUCCGGGGGAAACCUCGCUACCGGACCAGCUGACCAAAUUUGUCGAACAGUUGUAGUAGUAUUCGGGAAAUGUCAACGUAGCGGGUAGAAA